AUGGCAGUCACUCAUUUUCAUGUAAAAGAUAUCAGUAAAAAUGAAUUGCUCAAUUGGUUUCGAAAAUACCUUUCACCUGACAUUCAGAAUAUUGAAGAACUUGCAACAGGAGCAGAUUUUUGCCUCGGCAUGGAAAUAUUAUUUCCAGGUAGCAUAGAUAUCAGAAAAGUAAAAUUUGUCGAUGCUUGUGAGUAUUUCAGACGCAUGAAUUUCAAGCAAUUUAGAACUGCACUGAAUUCGAUUAAUUUGAAGAAGGACAUUCCUAUUGAUGACCUGAUAAAGGGAACAUUUAAGCACAACUUUUUCUUUGGAUUGUGGUUUAAAGCAUUCUUUGAUGCGAAUUACAACUCGCAGCCCUAUGAUAUACUCCAGCUGCGCGCUCAAUAUUGCAAGAAAAAAACGUUAAUUAAGAAUAUCGGUGAUACCUCGAAGUCGGGAACACCUACUCCUGAAGUCGAUAAGGAUUCACCCGAACCCGAAGCAAUAAUCGAAGCACAAUUAAUGAAUAUGGAACAGGAUAUGAAAUGUAAAAACCAUACCACAAAUACGGAAAUCAAAACAGAUAAGAAAGAUGCACCAAAAAUGCCAGUAGAUUCCGACGAAAUCUCGAGCGCUAUGACUGCUAAUGACAAUAACUACUUCAAGUCAAUUACAACGGCACUGGAGCAGAACAACAUAAGUUUAGAACAUGAUAACAUGCAACUGAAGUAUUCUUUGGAAACUGUUACGAAAAGAAACAUUUUGUUGUCAGAAGCAAUGAAAAAAAUAGAAAGCGCCUGUUUCCCUGUGGCUAAUGUUUUGGAUACAACUGAUUAUUUGACACCGAAAUUAAUUCAAACUUUGAAAGUAUUUUACGAGGAAAUUGUAGAGAUUUUAAAAGACACUAAUGAAAAAUUUUAA